AUGAAGGGAACUCGCCCUAAAGAAGCAAACCCCCUUCCCAGACCUCGGAAGAUCGACGCAGCCGCCUUGUCGCACGGAUACAGAACGCGGAUCCGCCGUUUGGCCAACAGGAACGCGCUCGGACACCGGCUUCGGGAUCACCUCCCGCACCGCUCCUCGGCGCAGCGCCGUCCCGGCACCGAAGAGACGCCCGCUCUGCCGGUCCCUAACCGGGACCCCGGCACAAGAUCCCACCCGCACGGCGAGGAGAGGCCGCAGCCCCGAGUCCAGGCCCCGACCCCGGGCCGCUUCCCCGCCGCGCCUCCGAUCGCCGCCCGCCGCGGCCUCAGCGCACGGAGCGCGGCUCCUCGGGGCGGGGCAGGAAGCGGGCGGCCGGCGGGGCCCCAAGGAGCUGCGCGAGCGCCGAGCCCCGAAGCGGGGCGGGGGUUUGGGGUAGAGGUGGGGCCGGAUCUGGACACGGUGUUGUCAAUGCGGCCUCAGCAGGGGCGGGAUCAUCUUGCUCGAUCUGCUGGCCGUGCAGACGUUUCGGUGCCGCUGCCGGAUUCCUACAGCCCGCGUUACGUGGAGGCGGCCUGGUACAGCUGGUGGGAGAAGGAGGGAUUCUUCAAGCCGGAGUAUGGGCGCAGCAGCAUCUCGGAGCCGAACCCCCACGGGGUGUUCAUGAUGUGCGUCCCCCCCCCCAACGUCACCGGGACGCUGCACCUCGGCCACGCGCUCACCAGCGCCAUCCAGGACGCCCUGACCCGAUGGCACCGGAUGUGCGGACAGACGACGCUGUGGAACCCGGGCUGCGACCACGCAGGCAUCGCCACGCAGGUGGUGGUGGAGAGGAAGCUGCAGAGGGAGCGAGGAGUGGGGAGGCUGCAGAUGGGCAGGGAGCGAUUCCUGCACGAGGUCUGGGCCUGGAAGGAGGAGAAGGGUGACCGCAUCUACCAGCAGCUGCGCCGCCUGGGAGCCUCCAUGGACUGGGACCGAGCCUGCUUCACCAUGGACCCGAAAAUGUGCCGCGCCGUGACGGAGGCGUUUGUGCGGCUGCACGAGAUGGGGCUCAUCUACCGCAGCACCAGGCUGGUGAACUGGUCCUGCGCUCUGCGAUCCGCCAUCUCCGACAUCGAGGUGGAGAAGCGGGAGCUGCGGGGCCGGACGCUGCCUGCGGGUGCCGGGCUACGAGCAGCCCCGUGGAGUUUGGGGGUCCUGGUGGCCUUCGCCUAUCCGCUGGAGGGGGGGCCCGGUUCGGAGCUGGUGGUGGCCACCACGCGGCCGGAAACCAUGCUGGGGGACGCCGCCGUCGCCGUGCAUCCCGACGACCCCCGCUACCAGCACCUGAUUGGUCGGCGCGUGGUGCACCCGUUCACCGGGCAGAGCCUGCCAAUCAUCAUGGACGCCUUCGUCGACCCCCAGUUUGGAACCGGAGCGGUGAAGGUGACCCCGGCCCACGACGCCACCGACUUCGAUGUGGGGGCACGGCACCAGCUGCCAUUGCUCAGCAUCAUUGGGGAGGACGGCAGGCUGCUCAAUGUGCCCCCCCCCUUCCUGGGGAUGCGGCGCUUUGAGGCCCGUGUGGCGGUGGUGGCGGCCCUGCAGCGGCUGGGGCUGUUCAGGGGGGAGAGCGAAAACCCCAUGGCUGUGCCCAUAUGCAGCCGCACGCAGGACGUGGUGGAGCCGCUGCUGUGCCCGCAGUGGUUCCUGCGCUGCGCCGAGUUGGCGCGUGGGGCCAGCGCCGCCGUCAGGAAAGGGGAGCUGAGGCUGCGGCCCCCCCAGCACACCAGGACCUGGUUCGCGUGGAUGGACAACAUUCGGGACUGGUGCAUUUCGAGGCAGCUGUGGUGGGGGCACCGCAUCCCGGCCUACCGGGUUCGUGUCUGUGGGGAGAGCGGAGCCUGCGGCCCCAAUGGGGGCGGCCCCGAUGGCGACGGUCCGUGGGUCUGCGGUCGGACGGAGGAGGAGGCGAGGAACAAAGCGGCCAAAGAGCUGGGAGUGCGGCCUGAGAGCCUCAGUCUGCAGCAAGACGAGGACGUCCUGGACACGUGGUUCUCCUCCGGGCUUUUCCCAUUCUCCAUCUUCGGGUGGCCGGAGCAGCCCCCAUAA